GUAACAACCACGGUAGUCUAUCCAAAUGAAAUUACGCCAAUGCUCGAUUCGAUGAGUUUGUCAGCAAAUAAAAUAGAAAAUCAGUCUGCAAAAUAUCAAAAUAUUCCUCCAAGUUGGUUUGAUAAUACGGCGGAUCAAGACAAAGCCGAUGGGAAAAUUCAUACUUCUACGUCAGAAUUUGAGGAAGUCUCACAAAAUCGGACUACCAAUCUACCCGAUGAUUUAUUUCGAGAAACGAUAAUGAAACGACUUCCCGAGGAUAAUUGGAGCUCAACGACGACUGCUGUAUCGAUCGAGCGGAUAUCAGUAGAUGAAGACAAAAAUGCUGUUUCUCAUUUAUUGCCAAAUAUUUUAAAGAUACAACAGCGCAACUCAAGUAAUAGCACUCCAAUAGCUACGAAAUUGAGAAAAGUCGAGACUGAGCCGUCGCGAAAGUACGAAGAUCAGACUGAGGAGCAAGACGACACUGGUACGUGGGAAUUGAUAGAUAAGGCAUUUAAUACAUCGGUGGAGUCUUCGAGGAAUCAGCCAUAUAAGAGAAGCAAUAGAAUUGCUAGUGGGACGAAAAUGAAUAUACGAAAGUCUCGUAAGCACGCAGGCAUCGAACUAGAUGCAGGAAGGCAAUAUCGACGUUUAUUCGGACUGGGACCCAAACAAAGGCUCGACGAAGACAGCAAAUAUCAAGGACUGGACCUUUAGUACCGACUACUGGACUUCCUAAGAUGAUUGAUCCAGCUUAUUUUGGCUCUUAUUUAAUGUUGUUUUCAAGGCAAAGUUGUCACGGGGACAUAAUAAAUUAAUAAUAAGUGGCUUGCAGCGACACGUCGAUUAUGUCAAGAAACGGUGAUGUCACGCCCUUAAGACUAUACGAUUCAUCGUAAUAGGAUUUCAGGAUUAUCGAUUAUAUGAUGAAAGCGCCUCCUGUCUUACUUUCACAGUCCGUAAACGAAUCAGUAUCCGAAUUUACUAUGAAAUAUUGUCGUAAUAGUGAACGAUGUACACAUGCACGAAAAAUUUGCAUUUAGCAUUUUAAGAUGAAAUCACAAUGUGGACUUGCGUAGACAUUC